GCUGUUUGCGGGGUGUGAACAUGAACUACAUGCCGGGAACCGCCAGCUUAAUCGAGGACAUCGACAAGAAGCACCUGGUACUGCUACGCGAUGGAAGGACCCUGGUGGGAGUCCUGAGGAGCAUCGAUCAGUUCGCUAAUUUGGUGCUUCACCAGACACUGGAACGGAUUCAUGUGGGCCAAAAGUAUGGAGACAUCCCUCGUGGAAUAUUCAUCGUGAGAGGAGAGAAUGUGGUCCUCCUGGGAGAGAUCGAUCUGGAUAAAGAGAGUACGUCCUCCCUCCAGCGGGUGACCAUAGAGGAAAUUCUGGAGGAAUUGCGGCAGGAGCAGGAGGUCAAGAGCAGAGCAGAGAAGCUGAAGAUUCAAGUUUUUAAGGAGCGUGGGCUGAUGCUCCCCUACCCUGACACCCUGGAUGAAUAUUAGAUAAGGUGAAGUGGGAGUGAGCAAGGAAACCAAAACUUCAAACACUGAGUAUGUAACUUGAUGUAAUUCUCCCUGCUCCUGGAACUUGUUAGUAUUUAUUGAAACUGUUGGAGAUUUUGCUUUGUUGGGCUAGCAGAUUACAGUGUUACUCCAUGUUUUCUCUGGGUGAAUGUAGGUGGAUGAAUGAAAAUAAAAUUCUCACUGAUAUACAUCUCAAGCUUCAAACCUUCCCUGGAUCGCAUUGGUAAUCUCAUCAUUGGCCACUUGGGGUUGGGGAGAUGAUAAUCCAAGUUAGAAAUUGGUUCAGGUCCUGCUGAAGGCUCUCCUGAAUGAAAAAAAAAUUUGGGUUAUUUGUCACUAUGAACAAUUGGGUCCAGUGAUCUCUUCCCCCCUGCCCCCCUACCCUGUUGAUUGGAUGGCUGUGCCCAGUUGUAAUAUCUCUCCAUUGUUGAUUGGAUGGCUGUGCCCAGUUGCAAUCUCCCUAAAGUAGUCCAAGAAGACCGAGUGGACCUUCACCUUAAAUUGCUAUAAUCUGUGGUUAAGGGGCUCCCACUGUACUGUAAGGAAGGGAGUUCCAGGAUUUCAACGCUGAAGGAGGACUUGUCUACCUCUAGUGAUGAUAUCAGCUGCUGGCAAGUGGUUAUCAGUUGACCCGGAGCAGUUAAAGGAGUCUUCCUGUGUUGAUUUGAUCAUUCCUCAUAGAAAUAUAACCCACAACUGUUGUCAGUAGUGACAGAGCACAAAGGCCAGGAUAUGAUUGUGACAGAGGAUAAGAACUACUGGUUCUCUUUUGCAAGUCUAAUAUGAGAAUAAGUUUACACAUCAUACCAUGGAUCCCUUAAUUGACUUCUUUGAAGUUAAGCUGAAAUUAAGAUUGAGUUCAGUGUUGUCCAGAUUUUGGAGUGUUCUGCAUAUCAAGCAGCAACUGGCUGGUGUGAUUUUAUUUUUUCCCUCAGAAAGGACCUGUUUGGUCAAUUGACAUCAAAACCAUAUUAAUUCCCCACGGAAGGCAGGGGUGAGUCUUCCUGAGGUGCCCCAGUCCUGGCAGUAGUUGUGCUGCCACAAUCGCACUGGGGAAAGUCUUCUGGUUUUUGUCAGGAGAAAUAGUGGAAGCGGGGAGAUUGGGCACCAGCAUUUGUUGGGCUGAUGAGUCCAGAUUUUGCUUUCUUGUGCACGUGGAAAGGCAGUAAUGAUAAUUGCUUUGGGUGGAGAUGUUCUACCAGUCUGCAGAUGUGAUCAGGUGCACGUUCAUAAUUUAUUUUUAAUUUUGAUGGUUCAAAGAUUGGAUUUGGCUCUCGAGGUUUGAUGUUUUCUCAUUUUCAUUGUGACUCUCAAAUAAACUGUCCAUCUUCAGUGG